AAGGUAAGUGACUGGAGGCGAACCCGGCGACCCCUCAGCCUAACGGAGACCCUGGACUCUCUUCCCGCCCCCACGGGCCUCCACUUCCUUCAGAAUGACUCUGGACGUGGGGCCGGAGGAUGAGCUACCGGACUGGGCCGCGGCCAAGGAGUUUUACCAGAAGUACGACCCUAAGGACAUCAUUGGCAGAGGAGUGAGCUCUGUGGUCCGCCGCUGUGUUCAUCGAGCUACUGGCAAUGAGUUUGCAGUGAAAAUCAUGGAGGUGACAGCCGAGCGGCUAAGUCCUGAACAGCUGGAGGAGGUGCGAGAAGCCACGCGGCGAGAGACACACAUCCUGCGCCAGGUCGCCGGCCAUCCCCACAUCAUCACUCUCAUCGAUUCCUACGAGUCUUCUAGCUUCAUGUUCCUGGUGUUUGACCUGAUGCGGAAGGGAGAGCUGUUUGAUUAUCUCACAGAGAAGGUGGCCCUCUCAGAAAAGGAAACCAGGUCUAUCAUGAGGUCUCUGCUGGAAGCAGUGAGCUUUCUGCAUGCCAACAACAUCGUGCACCGAGACUUGAAGCCUGAGAAUAUCCUCCUAGAUGACAAUAUGCAGAUCCGUCUCUCUGAUUUUGGAUUCUCCUGCCAUUUGGAACCUGGCGAGAGGCUGCGAGAGUUAUGUGGGACCCCAGGCUACCUAGCACCAGAGAUCCUUAGAUGCUCCAUGGAUGAAACCCACCCAGGCUAUGGCAAGGAGGUGGACCUCUGGGCCUGUGGGGUGAUCUUAUUCACACUCCUGGCUGGUUCACCACCUUUCUGGCACCGGCGCCAGAUCUUGAUGCUACGCAUGAUCAUGGAGGGCCAGUACCAGUUUAGUUCACCCGAGUGGGAUGACCGCUCAGACACUGUCAAAGACCUGAUUGCAAGGCUGCUGCAGGUGGAUCCUGAGGUACGCCUGACGGCCGACCAGGCCCUACACCACCCCUUCUUUGAGCGUUGUGAAGGCAGCCAGCCCUGGAAGCUCACCCCCCGCCAACGGUUCAGGGUGGCAGUGUGGACAGUGCUGGCUGCUGGACGUGUAGCCUUGAGUGCGCACCGGAUCCGGCCACUCACCAAGAGUGCACUGCUGAGGGAUCCUUACGCCCUGCGGCCAGUGAGGCGCCUCAUCGACAGCUGUGCCUUCCGGCUCUACGGGCACUGGGUGAAGAAGGGCGAACAGCAGAACCGGGCGGCUCUCUUCCAGCACCGGCCUCCAGGGCCUUUUCCUGUCCCAGGCCCUGACGAGGAAGGGGACUCAGCUGCUGUCCCUGAGGAGGAGGCUAUGCUGGUGUUGAGCUAGGACCAUAGCUCUGGGGAAUUCCAGAAAGCAGAACUCUCCAGAAGUAGGAUUUUUAUCAUUCUAGCCUCUCGGGGCUCUGGGCUCAAGCCUCCAUGUCUGGCUAAGCUAGCUACUAGAUCAUGCUACUAUCAUGAAGAUCAACUUUGUAUGCAUACCCUCACAAGCCAGGACGUUUGAGAUGGAGCAGAGGUGGAAGAGAGCCA